CCAACACGUUGCUGCGAUUUCAAGCAGCUGGUCAUCACCUUCGAGGUAAUUUGUUCGCUGAUUCUGGUAGAUUCAUUGACCGUAGUCGCUCACUUAUCUAGAACUGGGUGGGCCAUAAUGGCUGCGUUUACCUUCUCUCGCUUUCUCCGAUCUAUGAGGGGCAUAUUUAUCCCAACAGCAACUGUCAUUGGUUUCUCAUGCCUCCUGACAUACAUCUUCAUAUUAUACCAGCCCACCGUCGGACCUGGCAUUACCCAGCGUCUUGGGUGGCAAGCUUGGGAGGCGGUCGCGACUGUCGACUACUUCGACAAAGGAACUUCUACGCCGACAGUCACACAGCCUGGUGACGUAGAGGAGGCACAACCAUUUCCGGGCAAUGGGGGAGAAGUUGAAGGUACAGAUUGGUGGGAAACCUCAUCCAGUCAACCCUGGGAUGCUACCGAUGAUAUCGAGAGUUACCCGCUUGACGUAUGGGCUCCGCUGUUACCUCACGAUACCGGUCUGUCUGAAAUUACUAUCACCCGUUGUAUGAUGCCACCGAAUCUCGUCGGGGAUUUAUGUGCACCUAGCACGACGGUCGAGCAGGAUGCCAUUAAGGGCAACUGGGUUCGAGUGGAACGGGAUCUUAACAAGCAAGCUGGUCUAUGGAGUCUGAACAUCUACUACAGGCGCACGCGCCGUCUUGAUAUACCUCUCGUUACCGACUUGCGCCUACUUCCUGCCGGCGACACUCCUGAACCUCUUACGGACCCCUGGGUCAGAGUUGAUCACUCCAUACGCGAUGGUGUUAUGCGUACGGAACCACUGUACCUAUGGUACCUCCCGGGAAAAACGAUGAACGAAAUGACUGUGGAAGAGAGAGCUAAUCUCAUAACCGAAAUCGACGUCCUCUUCGGGGAGGACAGACCUUGGUACGGAUUUGAGAAAGUAGAGCCUGCCGUGACCCCUGAGAAGGAGGGGAAACUAGAGAGCGUGUAUGUGACGUACCGCCGCGGCGUGAAGUCGGUCCCUCGCGCACAUCCUUUACACUUCUCACGAGACGGAAAAUUCAAGAUUUUGCAGGUUGCAGACCUACAUUUCUCCGUUUCCAGGGGCCUCUGUCGGGACACCGACCUUGAUCCCUGCGUCAACUCGGAUAAUCUCACGAACACGCUCCUCGGACAUGUUCUGGACGAAGAAAAGCCAGACCUUGUCGUCUUCUCUGGCGACCAGCUCAAUGGGCAGGGAACGUCUUGGGAUCCUAAAUCUGUUCUCGCAAAGUUUGCCGUGGCAGCUACAGAUCGAAAGAUACCUUGGGCGGCUAUCUUCGGCAAUCAUGACGAGGAGGACGGCGACGUGAAGCAGGAGCAGCUGCGUAUGAUGAAGGCCCUUCCUUACUCCAUGGUGCAGAGCGGUCCGAAAGAUAUUCACGGUGUUGGGAACUAUGUUCUGGACGUGAAGAGUGCUGAUGCCUCCAUGACAUCGCUGCUGACGCUGUACUUCCUUGACUCUGGAUCCUACUCGAGCGGCUACUUGGAUUGGUUUGGGUUUUUCUUCCCGACCGAGUACGACUGGAUACACGAGGACCAAAUCAACUGGUUUUUGCAAGAGUCAGCCAAGAUCCAGCCCAUAGAACGCCCGUUUACCCCGGACACCGGAAAGGACUUUGGUUCCAUAUGGACUAGACAAUCCGAUCAGAUCACGCCCACCACACGCAAGCUAGCGAAGCCCAAUGCUAUGAUGUUCUUCCACAUUCCUCUGCAAGAGUCAUACGGUACAGCGGACAGAGACACGCGUACUGGCCAGCUGUUAGACAUCGGUCUGCACGAUCUGGAAGGAUCUGGUGCUGCGAAGAAGAGUGAUGGAAUGUUUGACAAGGGCUUGAAGCAAGCCCUCGAGAGCGGUCACGUCGCGGGCGGAAGCAUACCCGAAGUGAAAGUGAUCGCAAAUGGACACUGCCACAUCACGGAGGACUGCAGACGUGUCCAGGAUAUAUGGUUGUGCUUCGGAGGUGGAGGGUCGUAUUCUGGGUACGGGCAGGUUGGGUUCGACCGGCGGUUCCGCGUAUACGAAAUCUCUGAUUAUGGAGAGACCAUCCGGACGUACAAGCGCUCAGAGAAGGACGAGAUCCUCAACAACUACAUUCUAGCUGGACCGGGAGCUCCCCCAUUCAACCCACGAUCGUAGAAUUCUUGGGCAAAGGGCAUGCCCAAUGUAAUUUAUAAUUAGUGACCUGACCAUUUUCUCGUGUUCGUCACGGAUCUGUACUUUUGUUUGGCUACAUUUCAUGGCUUCUGAAUCCUAAAAAAAGCAUUCAGGUGACUGAAUGUGACGGAUGGAGCGAUCAGCCCCUGUUGUUCUAUUUGCUGCUGCGGCACUACCGUUCUGUAUACUACGCAAUCAAAUCCCACUGUAUCUCCUGUUCUUGGUGUAUUUACCAUAGUAUAUCUGAAUCGUGGGCCAGACGUAGCCCUGCGUGAGC